AGCCUCCGCUCCGGAGCGCGGCUCGCCGGAACAUCCGGCUGCUGGGCUUCAACAUAAACAGCAAUGGCGGAGGCAGCGGCGGCACCUACAGCGGCUCCAACAGCGGCGGGAGGCUGGACGAAACACGUAACCUGCAGGUAUUUCAUGCAUGGUCUUUGCAAAGAGGGAGACAACUGUCGGUACUCUCAUGACCGUAGCAGCAGCAAGCCAGCCAUGAUCUGCAAGUUCUUUCAGAAGGGUUGCUGUGCGUUUGGAGACCGUUGCAGGUAUGAACACACCAAACCGGCCAAACAAGAGGAACUCCCUGGCCCCAUGCCUUCGGUGCCGCUUCCUGCUGCCCUCCUUGCCCUUGCUGGUGCCCCUGAUUCUGUGCCCAGUGGACCAGGUGGCAUGCCCGAUGCCCAGGAAAGGCCCCACAGCUCCGGGGCGGUGGACUGGGUCAAUGCCGCUGAGUUCGUGCCAGGCCAGCCCUACUGUGGGAGGGCAGACACUGUGUUUGUGGAAGGUCCAGGACCACUCAUUGAGGAUGAGUAUGAGAAAGAACAAGCUGACAAGGAGCUGAAGAAGCAGCUGUGCCCGUAUGCCGCAGUGGGUGAGUGCCGCUAUGGCCUCAACUGUGCCUAUCUGCACGGCGAUGCGUGUGACAUGUGUGGCCUGCAGGUGCUCCAUCCGUCCGACACUGCUCAACGCUCUCAGCACAUCAGAGCGUGUAUCGAGGCCCAUGAGAAAGACAUGGAGAUUUCGUUUGCCAUUCAGCGCAGUAAGGACAUGAUGUGUGGCGUGUGCAUGGAAGUGGUUUUCGAGAAGGCCAACCCCAGCGAGCGCCGAUUCGGCAUCCUGUCCAACUGCAGUCACUGCUACUGCCUCAAGUGCAUCCGCAAGUGGAGGAGUGCCAAGCAGUUUGAGAGCAAGAUCAUAAAGUCCUGCCCAGAGUGUCGUAUCACGUCCAACUUCGUAAUCCCAAGUGAAUACUGGGUGGAAGACAAAGAGGAAAAACAGAAUCUUAUCCAGAAGUACAAGGAUGGCAUGGGGAGUAAACCAUGCCGAUAUUUUGAUGAGGGCCGUGGAACCUGUCCAUUCGGAGCCAACUGCUUCUACAAGCAUGCCUUCCCUGACGGACGCUUGGAGGAGGCCCAGCCUCAGCCUCAGAAUCAGCCCCAGUCUCAGCGAAGGCAAACUGGCUCCAAUGGGAGGAACAGGAACUCAAGGCGUACGCCACUCUGGGACCUCUUUGAUGAGCGGGAGAGCAGCGACUCCUUGGAUAACGACGACGAGGAGAUGGUGACGUUCGAGCUCAGCGAGAUGCUCCUCAUGCUACUGGCUGCGGGAACUGAUGACGAUGUCACCGACUCUGAAGACGAGUGGGACUUGUUUCACGAAGAGCUGGACGAUUACUAUGAGCUCUCCCUAUAGCACUCCUCCAUUAAUGCCUCCUUUCCCCUCUCUCCCUCACUAAUCCUCCCCACACCCAUUAAUUACUUUUGACCCCCCCCUCCCUACUAGAAACUAGACUGGACUGUCUCGUGUGAGUGAUGGGCAGUAGCGUCUUUUUCCCCAUGUGUUGUGGCAGUGCCUUUCAGCAGGCCAUUAAAAUGAUGAAUUCAGUUCAAAGUGAAAUGAAAUCUAUAAAAGACCAGACAAGAGAAAAAAGAAAAAAAAAAAAAGAAACGAGAAACAGGUCUGUGUGCUUGUGCUAAAACCUUUUCUAGAAAACCUCCUCCAUUCUGUGAGUCUGUCUGUGUCCACUUUAUGUUCUAAAGAAAAACAUAAAAUACAAAAAAAAACAAUUUACAAAAAAUGUAAAAGUUACAAAAAGACACUAAGUUAUACAUUUAAGAAAAUUGGAUUAUCGCUAAUAAAUCUUAAUGGUUUUAUUCUGAAUUAUAGGUUUGACUUAUCAUCUACCCAGGUAUGGUCCUACUUAAACGGGAUUCAGAGCAUACAGCAGCUUUGUAAGACUUCACUGCAACUGGUGGUGGCUGUGAUGCUUUCUGGAAUAUUCCUCUUUUCUCAUGCACUGACUUUGAUAGGGUGGGUGGCAGAGGUGAGCUUCCUUGAUGUCAAAUGCACACAUGCACUCUUAACGUUCAUAAAGACAAUUCAUGUCACUGAACAUUUAAAAAUCUUAUUUCUCUAUCUCUCUCUCUUUUCUUUCUAAUUGGCCUUAAGGUCAGUUUUUAACCUACCUGAACUGUACAGGUUCAGCAGCACCUGUGGUAUCAAAUGGCAAGUCUCUCCUAAGAACUGCGUGUAGCGAUACCUUUGUGAAAUUGGACUCCCGAAAGCAGACUUAAAUGCAUACAAAUAUGAAGCUGAGUGUUUCAUCACUUUAACUGUCUAUUAAUUGUAGAUUUUUGUUUUGCUUCAGUAUUGCAUAUUAAGCUCGGCUGUCAGUAGCCAAUCCACAAAAACCCAGUUGUUAUUCGGUUCUUGUCGAACUUGGUUGAAUUGCAUAUGUUUAUACUGAAAUGUGCUUGUUUUCUAUGGUCCAGAACCAUCCAACAUAACUUGAAAAUUAAAAGUUUAUUAUCAAAGUAUCAGUUUAUCUUGUACAUUUGUCCUCACAAAAUAAAAAACAUUUUCAUAACAAA